UUCGCCAGACGCUUGUUCAGUGGGGAUUGUGACUUCAGCCUAGGCGGACGUGAGUGCUUAAGAUCGUGCGAAUCGAAAUCCGAGACGGCCAUAUAGGAAGACAGAGAAAUUCCAGCGAAUUUGCAUUUAUGCGGGAUCAUUAACAUGCACGUCUAGGAGCCAUUAAAAGUGAUCAAAUUGUGCAUGCAGAGUGCCAUUUGUGCGGUGUGCCACAGCCCUAAUCAGCCAUUCAAGCCGCGCAUGCGCAAGGAAUAUAAAAGCCGAACCCACAACGAAACUCCCGCGCACGUGUAACCUACCCCACGAAAUUAAUUGCCAAGGGCGAGAAAUCAAAUCCAUCAUCAUGACUGCUUCACCGGGGCUUCUGCAUAUGGAUCAUCCGCUCAAGGCUUUCUAUCAGUUCUUCCUCGACCUGAUAGUGUUCAGCCUUAAAUCUAUAUUUUACAUACUCGAAUCGAUUUACUACAGCCUGCUGCCCCAGCGAUUUAGAAAGUUAAAGGAUGUCUCUGGCCAGGUGGUGCUCAUCACAGGAGGUGGCGGAGGCGUGGGUCGCUUGAUUGCCCUUAACUUUGCUCGACUUCAGGCCCGCAUCGUCAUCUGGGAUAUCAAUCAAGAAGCCAUUAAAACAACAGUGGAUUUGUUGGCCAAGCAUGGUUAUGACAACUGCAAGGGCUACGUGGUUGAUAUCUCAGAUCGGGAGCAGAUCUACCAGCGGGCCAGCCAGGUCACCGAGGAAGUGGGUCCAGUGGAUAUUCUGAUCAACAAUGCCGGAAUUGUGUGCUGCAAACCCUUCUGGGAGCUUCACGAUCGGGUCAUCCAAAACACCUACAACAUCAACAUCAUUUCGCACUACUGGACCGUCAAGGCUUUUCUGCCGCACAUGAUGAAGAAUAAUCGUGGUCACAUUGUGACCGUGGGUUCGGUGACUGGAAUGCUGGGCACCUACGGCUGCAGCGAUUACGCGGCCACCAAAUACGCCUGCAUCGGUUUCCACGAGAGUCUGCUCACGGAUUUGAAGGCCCAUGGCUACGAUCAAAUCCAGAUGAGUUUAAUUUGUCCGUACUACAUCAAUACGGGCAUGUUUUCCGGGGUUCGUCCGCGGAUGAUGCCCAUGCUGGAGCCGCAGUAUGUGGCGGAUCGCAUCGAGAACGCCGUUCGCUGUAACGAGGUGUGGUGCGUCCUGCCCAACUCCAUUCGCCUGCUGACUCCUCUUAAAUGUCUUUUGCCUGCCAAAAUGUGCUGGGAGCUGAUGUCGCGUGUCAUUCGUGGUCCAGAGUCUAUGAUGUUGUUCCAGGGACGAGGACGCGUUGCCGCUGGUUAGACUCCGCAUGUAAAUCAUCACCGAAUCACAUCCUUUUAGCUUAAGUUGUUUUCAAGAGGCGUUUAUCUAUAGUGUUAAAAUAAACUUAAUUAAUAAAUUGAAUGUUAAAUAAACAAA